AUGAAUAAAUAAUAAAAAAAUAAAUCGCUUCCACCAGCAAAAGCUAAUGUUCAACACAAACCUAAUUAGUUUUAAGAAAUAGAAAAUUGCAAAUAGGCAAUCAAAGAUAUAAUUUAACAUACUGAAACUGAAAAUAAACCUAAAUAAUCUCAACAUAGAUCAGUCGAUAAGACUUAAUAAAAGAAGUAAAUACAUUCCACUGUGUAAGAAUACAAUGGAAAUGUUGGCAAAAUGUUCACUUCUACAAAAUAUGGUGUUUAGUACAUGCAGAAGAAAGUUAUGCAUAAUAUUGAUCAACUAUGA